CAGCACUGCAACUAGGAACCUAGAAAACAGGAAGGGUUUCUGUCUAUUCGAAUCUGAUCAGUGUUUCCCCCUCCCUCUUACUUCCCAUUCGUUGAGACUCGAGACGAGGAAGAAGCCCCUCCGUGUACUUCCUCUCGUUUCCGUCUCUUCGUCUUCAUUUCCAAUUUGUCCAUCGUUUGUCUUCGCCGUCUCUUUAUUCUCCCCUGCAGUUCGCGUAGCGAGGGAUUCCGGAACCGACCGUAUUCGCGUUUCCCUCGUUUUAAUUGGGGCAAAGCCAUGCCCCUUUUCAUCACCGACGACGAGCUCGCUCGUCACACCAACGACGCUCCCUACGUCGCAGCUAGGGCUGACGAUUACAUCAGGCGCUUGCAGACGGAGCUAGAGACCGUCAAGGCUGCCGCAGAUGCCAAUGCCGUCACCGCCGAGCAGACUUGUUCGCUUCUCGAGCACAAGUUCUUGUCCCUCUCCACCGAGUUCUCCACGCUCCAAUCGCAGAACGCUCUGCUCCAGUCCUCGCUCGAUGAGCGUCUCUCCGAGCUCGCCGAAGUCCAGGCUCAGAAGCAUCAGCUUCACUUGCAAUCGAUGAGCAAGGAUGGCGAAGUAGAGAGGUUGACUACAGAGCUGUCAGAGCUGCGUAAGAGUAAGAGGCAGCUGAUUGAGUUGGUGGAGCAAAAAGAUUCGGAGAUCAACGAUAAGAAAGCUACUAUUAACAGCUAUCUCGAUAAGAUUGUUAAUUUGACGGAGAGUGCAUCAAAGAAGGAGGCUCGAUUGUUUGACGUUGAAGCAGAGUUGGUGCAUUCUCAGGCAGCCUGCUCUCGCCUUUCACAGGAGAAAGAAAUUGUGGACAGACAUAACUCAUGGCUAAAUGAUGAGCUGACGGCCAAAGUCGACAGUUUGAUUGAGCUGCGCAUUAGACAUUCUAAUCUGGAGGAAGAUCUUUCUGCCAAGCUUGCACUUGCUGAGAAACAACUGAGUGAAUCUUCAAGCUCUGCGCAGAGGAACAAGGAGAGGGCAGAUGAGCUUGAAGUGAAGUUAACUUCCUUGCGAGAGGAAUUAAGCUCUACUAAGGAUGCUGCUGUGGCAAAUGAAGAGCAGUUAUCAGCUGAACUCUCUACUGCAAAUAAACUAGUCGGACUUUAUAAGCAAAGCUCUGAGGAAUGGGCAAGGAAAGCUGGAGAGCUUGAGGGUGUCAUUAGAGCUCUGGAGGCUCAUUUGGGUGAGCUUGAAAAUGAUUACAAAGCAAGACUUGAAAAUGAAGUCUCUUCGAGAAGCCAAUUAGAGAAGGAAGCUGCUGAUCUCAGAGGAAAACUUGAAAAAUGCGAAGCUGAGAUUGAAAGUAACAGGAGAAAUAAUGAGCUUAAUCUACUUCCUCUUAGUAGUUUCUCGACAGAAAGGUGGGUGGCCCAGUCUGAUAGUAAUGUCUCCAUGGAGGAUACUGGCAUGCUUGUUCCAAAGAUUCCUCCUGGUGUUUCAGGGACUGCAUUGGCAGCUUCUCUACUUCGAGAUGGAUGGAGUCUGGCCAAGAUGUAUGCAAAAUACCAAGAAGCUGUUGAUGCUCUUCGCCAUGAACAACUAGGAAGGAAGGAUUCCGAAGCUGUAUUGCAACGGGUCCUGUUUGAAUUGGAGGAGAAAGCAGGAGUAAUUUUGGAAGAAAGAGCGGAAUAUGAGAGUAUGUUGGAGUCAUGCUCCAUCAUGGGCCAAAAGUUGCAGCAGUCAGUAUCAGAGCGAGGGAACCUGGAGAAAAUGAUUCAAGAAUUGAAGGCUGAACUAAGGAGGCACGAGCGGCAGUAUAAUAUUGCCCAGAGGGAGAUUGUUGACCUUCAGAAGCAGGUGGUUACUGUUCUUCUGAAGGAGUGUCGCGAUGUGCAACUUCGAUGUGGAUUGGGGGAUAAUGCUGGUGAUGACUCUUCCAUUUAUGCUGAUGUUGGUAUGGAAACAGAUGCUGUUGCUGAUGAUGUCAUUUCUGAAAGGCUUUUGACUUUCAACGACAUAAAUGGGUUAGUUGAGCAGAAUGUGCAACUCAGGGGUCUUGUGCGAAGUCUUUCAGAUCAGAUUGAAAAUAGGGAGACCGAGUUCAAGGAGAAAUUGGAAAUGGAACACAAGAAAUACACUGAUGAAGCAGCCGCUAGAGUUGCAAAUGUCUUACAAAGGGCAGAAGAACAAGGCAACAUGAUUGAGAAUCUUCGUGCAUCUUUUGCAAUGUACAAAAGGUUAUACGAGGAGCAACAGAAACGCCAGUCACCAUAUUCACUUUCACAUUCCUCAGAGGCAGCUCCAGAGAAUGGAGGGAAGGAUCUUCUGUUUCUCCUUGAGGGUGCUCAGAUGCAGGAAGCUAGCAAGAUGGCCCAUGAAAAGGUUGCGGAGCAGGUAGGAUCUCUUGAGGAAAAGCUGUCAAAAUCUAGGAGUGAAAUUGUAUCACUGCAAUUGGAGCGUGACAAGUUAGCUUCGGAGGCAAAAUAUGCAGCAGAAAAACUGGAGAGGUCUAUGAAAGAAUUUGAACACCAGGAAGGUCGAAUCAAAGGUCUUGAAGCAAGCAACUUAGAACAUGGCCGUUUAAUUCUUGAUUUUCAAAAAAGAUUAAAUGAAAGCAUGCAUGCUCAACAUGCUUCUGAGGAUCAAUGUCGGAAGUUAAACAUGGAGGUAUCGGCCCUAAAGCAUGAGAAGGAAAUGCUAUCAAACGCUGAAAAGAGAGCAUGUGAUGAAGUUCGUAGAUUGUCAGAGAGAGUGCAUCGGCUGCAGUCUAGUUUAGACACUUUCCAGAGUGCCGAGGAUGUUCGAAAGGAAGCACGAGCUGCCGAGAGGAGAAAACAGGAGGAAUAUGUCAAACAAAUUGAGAGCUGCCAUUAUCUGGUUAAACUUUGUCUCAUUGAGUUGCUGAUGGUGGAUGUUAAGAGGGAAUGGGCGGAGGCGAAAAAGGAGCUGCAAUUGGAAAAGGAAAAUGUUAGAUCCCUCACAUCUGAUCGCGAGCAGACUUUGAAGAAUGCAAUGAGACAAGUGGAUGAGAUGGGAAAAGAGUUAGCUAAUGCGUUGCGUGCUGUUACAAUUGCUGAGACCAGGGCUGCUGUUGCUGAGACGAAACUUGAUUCGGAGAAAAAGAGGACGAGUUCAGAUCAAAACGUUGCUGAUGGGCAGGAUAGCAGGGCGCUCUCAGUUUCAUCUGCAGAGGCCACAACCGAUUUAAUUAUGGUGAAGGAGGAAUUGCGAAAAUUGAGAGAAGAAGCCCAAGCUAAUAAGGACCAUAUGCUGCAGUACAAGAAUAUAGCUCAGGUAAAUGAAGCUGCAUUAAAGCAGAUGGAAACUGCUCAUGAGAACUUUAAGAUAGAGUCCGAAAAGUUGAAGGAGUCUUUGGAAGCUGAGUUGAUUUCGUCUAGAGUGAAGAUAACCGAGCUUCAGAAUGAAUUGCGUUUGAAGUCUGAAGAAGUUCUCCUUGCGUCUGCUGGUAAAGAAGAGGCUCUUACUUCUGCUUUGGCUGAAAUUACUGCCUUGAAGGAGGAAAAUUCCAGUAAAACUUCUCAAGUUGUUGCACUGGAAAUGCAAGUUUCUGCAUUGAAAGAGGAUCUGGAGAAGGAGCAUGAGAGGUGGCGGUCUGCUCAAACAAAUUACGAGAGACAGGUCAUUUUACAGUCCGAGACAAUUCAGGAGUUAACAAGGACAUCACAGACUUUGGCAUCCUUACAAGAGGAAGCUUCUCGCUGGCGUAAAUUGGCAGAUGAGCGAGAAUGCGUAAAUAAUGAACUGAAAGUCAAAUGUGAGGCGGCACAAUCAAUGCUAGAAGAAUCAAGAAGGGAUUCCGAGAAGAAAUAUGACGAGCUCAAUGAGCAGAAUAAAUUACUGCACAGCAGACUGGAGGCUCUGCACAUCCAGCUGGCUGAGAGUGAUCGCAGCUCGGUUGGAAUGUCUUCUAGGAGUAAUGCGGAUCCAAAUGCUGAUGGAGGGUUGCAGAAUGUUGUUAGCUAUCUUCGACGGUCAAAGGAGAUAGCGGAGACGGAGAUUUCAUUGCUAAGGCAGGAAAAGCUGCGAUUGCAAUCACAACUUGAGAGUGCUCUCAAGGCGGCGGAAAAUGCGAAAGCUUCACUUGGUGCUGAGCUAGCGAACUCGAGGGCCUUAAUAUUUUCAGAGGAAGAAAUGAAAUCUCUUCAGUAUCAGGUUGAAGAGAUGAACUUGUUACGUGAGAGCAAUAUGCAACUUAGAGAGGAGAACAAGCAGAGUGUUGAGGAAUGUCAGAAAAUGCGUGAUAUAACACUUGAGACUGAAACUAAGGCUGACAAUCUGAAAAUUCUGGUGAGGGAAAAAGAAAUGGAAAUAGAAGCUUGCAAGAAGGAAAUUGAAAUGUCAAGGGUGGAGAAGGAUUUCCUGCAAAAGAGAGUUUCUGAGAUGCUAGAGAAAAAUGUUAAUGUGGAAGACUACAACAAGAUUAAAGAUGAUCUUCAGAGGCUGCAGGAAAAACUGAAAGCGAAGGAUGAUGAGUUGGAGGAUUCAAAGAACUGCAUGUUGAAGCAGCAAGAAACCCUGUCAAAGUUGGAGCAGGACCUUGGACGAAGCGAAGCGGAGCUGAAUAGUAUAAAGUCCGAUUUGGAGAGGCAAAAGAAAAUCAGCAGUCACUUCAAGAGAAGAAUGGAUAGUUUGUCCAAGGAAAGGGAUGACUCAAUCAAAGAAAAAGAUGCAGCUAACAAACAGAUUGAGGAAUUUAAGCAAGGCAAGAAGGCUAUUGGAAAUGCUGGCAGUGAGCUUGCCGUUAAGGAAAAGGAGGAGAAAGACACCAGAAUACAGAUGCUGGAGAAAAUGCUGGAUAAGGUUAGAGACGAUUUUAGAAAGGAAAAAGAAAACCAUGACAUGGAGAAAGCAAAGCGUGAGAGUUCUGAAAAGACUGUUCAGGAUUCUGUCAAGAAUGUUGAGCAGGAGAGAUCAAACUUUGUGGACAAAUUUGACAAGCAUAAGGAUGCGCUGAGGCGCCUUUCAGAUGAGCUGGAGAAGCUUAAGCAUGCCGAGGACAGUCUCCCUGAGGGCACCUCCGUCGUUCAGAUUCUUUCUGGAACCAUUCUGGAUGAUCAUGCUGUUGUUUACCUAUCAGCUGUUGAAAAUUUUGAGAAAGUAGCAACUUCUGUGCUGGGUGAACUUGGACAUGCUCGUCCUCCAGCAGAGACCCCAGCGACAUUGGAUGCUUCUACACCUGUUCCAAGUGGUCAAACUUCUCAAAUUCCUGUCGCCCCCGCCUUUCCCACCAAUCCAAUUCCUACCAAAGCUGCAGAAGAAAAGGAUAGAAAGCUUGUUGCCUCCCGCCCAAAUAUUAGUGAAGCUCGUAAAACAGGAAGAAAGUUGGUUCGGCCUUGGCGUGGCAAGACAGAGGAACCUCAGGGUACUGAUGCGGAGAUGUCUGAGGCAACCGCAGAUAAAUCCAGCCUUGGUGGGAAACCUGCUGCUGCAUCCCAAGACUCCGAUGCUACGCAAGGAACUCCAAUAACCUUAUCGUCUCAACUGUUGAGCCGCAAACGCCCUUCACAAUCUGGUGCAGAGAGCAGCGAGCAACAGAUCAGUCAUGGGGAGGCUCUUUCGCAGGGAGCGGCCCCUAUUGCGAAGAAGGCCAAAGGACAGGGUUCUUCCGAGGGUGGGGAGGCAGAAGUACAGCUUGGCACAUCAUCUGCACAAGCAGCUGAUGUUUCAUUGGAUUCUGCGGGUGAUUUACUUCCCCCAAGUUCAAACGAAGAAGUUGUCGCGGCCGAUAAGGAAGAGGCCGACAUUGUUGGGGAGAAGAUAGAUUCGGAUGUUGUAGGUGGCAAUGGUGCCCAGGUGGAAGCACAGAACCAGAAGAGUGAUGAUGCAGAGGAUACUACUUCAGACAGGCCAGCGAGUGGAACAGUGGGUAUGGAGAUUGACGAGAGCCUGAAGGACGAGUUGUUGGUCGAAGAGGACCAACAAGGUGACAGAGAAGAGGGAGAGCUGCCACAAGAUGUUUCUGAAGUGGAAGGUGGUGGUGGUGAUGUGGGUAGCCCUGAAAGUGGGGAGUUCAUGCCGGAGGGUGGAAUCACACCCGAGUCGUCGCCGUUGAGGAUGGAAGACGAAACAGCAGCUGCUACAGACGAUCUCGAGGCUGGCGAAAUCCCAGAUGACGAAAAUGACACAGCGGAUACAGCCAACGUUGGUUCAGAGAGGGUAAAUGACACUGACGAACAAAAUGCAGCGGAAACUGAUCAAGCUCCGGAGAGCACUCUGGUUGCUGGGGACAGUUCGACAGCGACUGCAAUUGCAGAUGCUGAUCCAGCGAAACCAGAGGCAGAAGAGGCAGUGAAGCAGCAGGUCUCGCCAGCGAGUCAGGUGUCGACCGUCGUUAAUUUAGCUGCGAGAGCUAGGGAGAGGUCCCGGGUGAGACAGUUAGGAGCGGCGGCUACGAGCUCGCCACCUGCAGCACCCUCCUCGAGUGUCGUGAGAGGUCGUGCCAGAGGAUUGGUGCGUGGUCGGGCUGUGGGUAGUUCGCGUGUGUUGCCGCGUGGAGGGAGAGGUGGACGAGGAGGCCAAUCACCUGGUCAGCAAGGUUAAGGCCAAACCCUUUACACUCUUAAUAGAAGUGGGGUGUGUCUUCCCCUUGGCUUUGACUCUUUCCAGUUUCUAGUUCGGUUUUAUUCGACUUAUGCUUUUCAGGCGUACUGUUGUUUUGUCGGUUGUUUAUGCAUUUAUUAUUUGGUAGGCUGCAGGUUUCAUCUCUCGGAAAGUGAAUAUUCCUUGCCUAGUAUAUGAAUUUUGGACUUGUAAAGUUCUGUUGCAGCAGCAUUACUUCUAGUACUAGUAUUAAGUUGGUUUAGUUGUGCAUGAUUUCUGAAUUCAACAUCCUUCGUUCAUUAAUGUUACAUAACCUACUAGUUAAUAUGUAUGAUUCUUCAAA